AUGCGUGUUUAGCUUUCUGUGUGCUUAGGUGCCCGAGCUACUGAGGGUCUAAGUCCGGGCAGCCGAAGAGUGUGGUAGGUAACGGUCGUCAGCGCAAGGGUCAUUUCGUCGCUGGGAAGGGACGGCCCUCGCCCGCGGUGAUGGUGGUUAGCAAGAUGAACAAAGAUGCGCAGAUGAGAGCAGCAAUUAACCAAAAGUUAAUAGAAACUGGAGAAAGAGAACGCCUCAAAGAGUUGCUGAGAGCUAAAUUAAUUGAAUGUGGCUGGAAGGAUCAGUUGAAGGCACACUGUAAAGAGGUAAUUAAAGAAAAAGGACUAGAACACGUUACUGUUGAUGACUUGGUGGCUGAAAUCACUCCAAAAGGCAGAGCCCUGGUACCUGACAGUGUAAAGAAGGAGCUCCUACAAAGAAUAAGAACAUUCCUUGCUCAGCAUGCCAGCCUUUAAGGUUGAAUUAGAUUGUGUUGUUCUGUGUUUUAUUUCUGAAAGUACAACUUGCCAUAAAUUAGAAAUCAGUUUCCCAAAAUAAAAUCCUUUUUUGUAUGAUGGUAUACAGUUUUCAGUAAUGAUGUAUACAUUGUAUUGAUUUUUUUCCCUAAAUGUGUUAUUUUAAUAAAUAUCUCACGAAUGAGUUUGAAGUUUGCUUGGAGUUUGGAAUGAAUGGGACUCUGUGUUUAUUACUGAUUCAUUAAAUUUGUUGAGAAAGUCAGGAAUGAAUACAGUUUAAGUAUUUAGUUUAUGCAUUUCUUUGUGCUAACAGUUUAGAAGUAAGAAGUCUUUCCUGAUUGCAUAUGUAUUCUUGUUUUGAAUCCCCAUACUGUUUUAUAAAUUGUAAUGCUUCCUCUUGUACCAUGGUUAUUUAUCUUUAUUUCUUAUUUGUUACAAAUUCCAAGGGUUAGUACUGGGUCUUACUCAUCUUUAUGUGCCUUCCUUAUGCUUCAAAGAAUUUACCAUCUAGUGGAAGAGAGAACAUUUGCAAGCUGGCUCCACACCAAGCUCCUCCCACAUACUCUACUCAUCUGAACUUUGAAAGCAGACUCUAUAAAUUGCAUCCCCACAUACUAAGGUCAAGAAAGAACUUAAUGGGUGAAUAAUUUCCACCCAUUAGCUUUACUCUGACAUCAGGAUUGCCAAAUCCAAUGGACUCUUGUCUAUUCUUAUGUGACCUCUGCUGGAAAGUGAGAAUGUUGACCAUCCUGCCACUUGGAACCCUCGUCCCACUCCUCACAUUGUUUCUUCCUACCACUGGAAAUUCCUUCUGUUUCUUGUGGAGUACCUUUUGCUGAUUGUGACUUUUAAGUAAUGUUUCUUAGAGCUCUUUCCUGAGCCCUCUGCCUGACUAACUGGAUAUACUUUUCCUGAGCAAAUCCCAGGAAAUGGGUCAAACCGUGACUUCAAAUACCAACAGGUUGAUAAAUGCUAAACUGCAUCUCCAAACCAGACUUAUUUCUAGCCUCCAGACCCAUAUAUUUAACUGCUAUGGAUCAUCUUCAUUGGAUAUUCCUCAAACACCUCAAAAUCACCAUACCUAAAAUAGCAAUUUUAUUUUCCCCCACUAACUACCCCUGCUGUGUUCCCUAUUUCUGAAUGGUACCUCCCAGACAUACAGAUUACCUGAGGAGCUUGUUAAAAUGCUGAUUCUGAAGGUAAGAGAUAUACAGUACAAGAUUAUUCUUUAUUUCUAACAAGCUCUGAGUGGGGUUGCAUGCUGCUAAUUGAGGAUCACUUUGAGUACAGUGAGGCUAUAAAUUUAUCUUCUGCCUUCUUUAUAAACAUAGAUUAUUGCAGUAGACCCCUAAUAUUUUCUUGUUCUAGUUGUUCUAUGCCUCCUCCAAUAUCUCUUUCACACUAUUGGCUAAGUGGCCUUACUAAAAUUCACAUCUGAUCAUUUUAUUCCUCUACUUGAAAUGUCUUAGUGCAGGACAAAAUUUGAACUUGGCAUAAAACUUAUGCCCCUCUAGAUCUGUCAUUUACUUAAGAGUUCCUCAAAGUUAACAAGUUGUUCCAUCCCUAAUACUUUUGCAAAUCUAUCACCCUAGGAAGUCCUUCCCUCCUACUUAUCUCAUUCCUACUUACCCUUCAGAGUUCAGCUUGAGUUGCUAAAAUAUCCUGACUCCUCUGGUGUAGAUUUCCCCACCACUGUUUUUCCAUAAGAAGCAACUGUAUGUUUCUCUUCAACACAGUGGUUCUUCAACUUGCAUACAUCCAGAGGAGAGGAAACUUGAUUUCUUUGACUUUGUAUGAUGUUUAUUUGUGAAUGAGUGGGUAAGGGAAUGAAUGAGCAAAUGAACCAGUGAGUGAACAUGGGAGCAUGAAGAAAGAUAACAACAAAUAGGGUAUAAUUGAGGAAAAGCUUCACAUUAAUCUUUUGCAGAAAUAAUUUCAUCUUUCUAAUGAAUUUUGUAGUCUUUGAACCUGGGCUUAAUUGCGUAAAGUUUUGAGCCUGAGAAGACACAGUCACAAAAACCUACCCAAAAGAGUUUUUUGUUUCUCUUGGUCUCUUAUAAAACAAUGUUUUAAAGUGCUGAUAGGGAUGCUUGUCAUUUUGUUACUCAUUUUUCAAAAAAGAAAAGCAAUCUUAAAAGUUACACAGAAAAUGUUAGAAAAGUAGUUCUUAUUUCUUAGAACUCUUCAUGGAAGCAAACCAAAAAUUAAAAAUUAUUCAUUUAGAUACUAUUUUAAUAGUCUAAAAGAAUAUGAGAAAAUGAAAACAAUUUAUGAAGAUAGUUUGGGACAGGAAAUAAACUGAAUUGAAAAUAUUUCGUAGCCAUUUUUAGUACUAAAGAGCUUAGAUUUAAAGUGAUAAUGCUAAGAACUUUCCCACCUCUAACCUGGAAAGAAACGAGGUUUCGUUGACAUCAUAUAGAUGUCUCAUUUGCUUCUAGAACCAUUGAUACCUUGUAAAUAAACCAACUUUGUGAACA